CCUUGGUAUAUAGAAUCAUACGCAGUAGAAGCACAUGGCUGUCUCUAUAGGAAAGAUAUUUUACAGUUUCCCAUCUGAUACUGGUCCAGUGAUGAAAGAGUUAAAAGUAAUGGAUAUGAUGAAAGUCUCCUGCUGUGUGACCUCUGCUGAUCCCCUCCAGAUGUGACCCAAGAGCAGAACAGCCCCGACUACCCCUGGAAUGUCAGACAAGGAAGGGGUUAAUGGCAGCUCCCAGAUGUGAUGGGCAGGAAGGACCCGGCUGCUGCGAUCGACUUCUCUACUUCUCCUUCUUAACUUCCUCCUCUCAGUCACUUCCUUCUGCUCUGCAGAGUAUUACACCCUGAGCCUCCAGCCUGGAACGCCCUGGACUCCUCUUACCAGCAUCUCUGCAGCUGGGCACAGUGCAGCACCUGGAGGCACCACAAGAUAGAUCCUGAGACCACAAGACAGGUCCUGAGUCCACAAGACGGGUCCUGAGACCAGAAGAAGGGUCCUGAGACCAGAAGAAGGUUCCUGAGUCCACAAGACGGGUCCUGAGACCAGAAGAUAAGUCCCAACACAUGAGAAGGGGUCCUGAGACCACAGGACGGCUCCUGAGAAAACAAGAUAAGUCCCAACACAAGAGAAGGGGUCCUCAGUCCACAAGACGGGUCCUGAGUCCACAAGACGGGUCCUGAGUCGACAAGACGGGUCCUGAGACAAGAAAACGGGUCCUGAAACCAGAAGACGGGUCCUGAGUCCAUAAGACAGGUCCUGAGACCAGAAGAUAAGUCCCAAGACAAGGGAAGGGGUUCUGAGACCACAAGACUGAUCCUGAAUCCAAAAGACCGGUCCAGAGACCAGAAGACGAGUCCUGAGAUCACAAGACAGGGCCUGAGACCAGAAGACGGGUCCCAAGACAAGAGAAGGGGUCCUGUGACACCAAAAGACGGGUCCUGAGACCACAAGACGGAUCCUGAGACCAGAAGACGGGUCCCAAGACAAGAGAAGGGGUCCUGAGGCCAAAGGACGGGUCCUGAGUCCAGAAGACAGGUUCUGAGUCCAGAAAUAGGGUCAUAUGACCAGAAAGCGGGUCCUGAGACCAAAAAACGGGUCCUAAGACUAGAAGACAAGUCCUGACACCAGAAGACAGGUCCUGAGACCAGAGAUAGGUCCUGAGACCAGAAAACAGAUCUUCAGACUGAAGAACAGGUCCUGAGACUACAGAACAUGUACUGACACAAGGGAACAGGUCUGGAGACCAGAGGACAGGUCCUUACACCACGGAACAUCUCCUGCUACCAAAGGACAUCUCCUUAUAACACGAAUACCUCCUGCUACCAGGGAAUAUUUUAUACCACCAGGAAAUACCUCCUGCCACAAGAAAAUACCUCCUGCCACCAGGGACAUCUAUCAUAAGAAAAUACCUCCUGACACCAGGAACAUCUCCUGUAAGCCUUAGAUUACUUUUUUAACACCAUCAUCUGCAACAAGAGUUCGAGAUCCAAAAGAGUUCGAGAUCCAAAAGACUCUCCGUUCUCUCACCUUUCUCCCUCCUUCUCCCCAAAUCCACCUCUUUCCAUUAGGGACCAUCUCCUAGAGCCAGAAACAGUCCUGUCUCCUUAAGAAAGUCGGCAUCUCCUGAUACUCAGACUCUUUAGUCAACAGAACGAAGGGUAUCCUGCCUAUAGAAGAGAAUCUAACAACCAAGGAUCUAUCGUCGGCGGUCCAAGCAGUCCCUCUGGUCCAUAUCUUAGGGACAUCUCAAGCCACCUAGAAGAUCUCAGGGCCUGCACAGAGAUAUGAGAGGUUGUUAAACAGAGAGAACAACAUCAUCCAGGAUGCAGACCAUUAAGUGUGUUGUGGUUGGAGAUGGAGCCGUUGGGAAGACCUGCCUCCUCAUUUGCUAUACAACCAACGCCUUCCCCAAAGAGUACAUCCCCACCGUCUUUGACAAUUACAGCGCCCAAUCUACAGUGGAUGGAAGAACCAUCUGCCUAAAUCUGUGGGACACGGCAGGACAAGAAGAGUAUGACCGUCUAAGGACACUCUCCUACCCUCAGACGAACGUCUUCAUCAUUUGCUUCUCCAUCGCCAGCCCCCCAUCCUAUGAGAAUGUCAAGCAUAAGUGGUACCCGGAGGUGGGCCACCACUGUCCCAGUGUGCCAAUUCUUCUGGUAGGAACUAAGAAAGAUCUCAGGAACAACCAAGAUGUCAUCAAGAAGAUGAAGGAGCAGAACCAGGCGCCGAUCACCUACCAACAAGGGGUCAGCCUGUCCAAGCACAUCCACGCUGUGAAGUACAUGGAGUGCUCCGCCUUGAACCACGACGGCAUCAAGGAAGUCUUCAUGGAGGCGGUGAGAGCCGUCUUCAACCCAAACCCGGUCAAGAAGAAGAGCCCAUGUUUCAUACUGUGAUGUCAUCAUCCUGACCUCAUGGAGACCCUCACGUUUCCAGAGACUGAGGAGAAGCUUGGCAGAUGUCUUGCUUUGUUGGGUAGAAACCCUCACAAAGUUGGACCCAGCACUGUGAGCCUUAAAGCACCUCUGUAGUUGGAGAUACCAUGACAACCUCUGAUGGUGCAGAAGAACAUUGUUGUGUUUUUGAAACUUUUCCCCAUCUGUUGACUUAAAGGGAUACUCCGCCCCUAGACAUCUUAUCCCCUAUCCAAAGGUCGCCAGCACUGGGGACCCCCACGAUCUUCCUGCUGCACCCGGCAUUCCUUUCCAGCAGUGGGUGCAGCGCUGGAGGCUCGUGAUGUCACGGCCAUGCCCUCUCAAUGCAAGCCACGCCCCCUCCCAUAGACUUGCAUUGAGGGGGCGUGGCUGUGACAUAAUGAGCCUCCGCCCCGCAUCCCCAAUCAUCUGGCAUGUGGAGCGAAGUUGGCUUCGUGCACUGAAUGUCUGGGGUGCCACAGCCGAGAUCGCGGGGGGUCCCCAGUGGCAGGACCCCCGCAAUCAGACAUCUUAUCCACUAUCCUUUGGAUAGGGGAUAAGAUGUCUAGGGGCGGAGUAUCCCUUUAAGCUUCUUGAGUGUCUACUUGCUUAUUCAAAGUAUCAAUUGUGAUUAUGACAAUUGUGAUUGUCUUAUAAAGACAGAGCGCCAUGUCCUAGGACCAGUGACUGUGAGCAUCAUGUCCAUUGACCAGUGUCUGAGAGGUUCCAGUCCUAGGACCAGGGACUGAGAGCAUCUCGAGCUAGAACGAGUAACUCAGAGUAUCCCAUGUUGUCCCGGUGACUAAGAACUGAGAAUGUCCUGUCCUAGGACCAGUGAAGAAGAGUAUCAAGUGUUGUCCUGGUGUUAAGCACUGAGAAUGACCUGUCUUAGGACCAGUGAGAUCUUCCCAUACUGGAACCAGUGACUAAGCAAAACUGUAGGUGGAAGUGUAGGUCAAGGUCCACCGCUGGGCCCAUAGUCUUCAUGCUGGACCCUCAAGAACUACACAGUCCGUCCCUAUCAGUAUCCAUUUGCAGAUAAAUUCCUAGUGGUCACCAGGCUGGAGUAGACGAUGGAUCGUGAUGGACCUGAUGAUACGUUCUACCUGUUAUAAUGGUCAGCUGUAGGUUGUGGUGGUCAGCUGUAGGUUGUGGUGGUCAGCUGUAGGUGGUGGUCAGCUGUAUGGACACAUCAUGGCCUCCACACUUUUGCAAUAAUUCCCAUCUCCAGCCUCAGUCACCAUAAUAGCUCCAACAAUGGUUAUCACCAAGCUUUUCCAGACUCUGAUGCAAUAUUUCUGACUGUGGUCUCCAAAGUGUGGCCAUCCAACCGUUGCAAGACUAUUACUCCCAGUAUGCCCGAACAGCCGUUGGCUGUUCGGGCAUACUGGGAGAAGUAGUUUUGCAUCAUCUGCUGACCACUGGAGACCGAUGGUAUGGAGGCUCAGGAGUCUGGGAGAUCUUUAAUGGAUGGCAUGUCUGGGAGACCUUUAGGUUCCCAUUUCCCCCUAGGACCCAUGUCGUUCCACCCCCCCUCCCCCCCCACACACAUGUUGCUGGUAUCUGAGGGUCCUCCUGUCGAUUGGUGUGGAUCAAUGUAUGGCUCAAUAUAUUAUAGCAUUUACUUCUCAGCUGAAUUUUCUAUUAUUUUCUGCUUUAACCGAAUAAAGGUAUAU